CAUUCAUGAGGCAUUCCCUUGCCGGUCCCGGCAUGGCUUCCUUCCAACGUUGAUACGCAAGCACUGGCAGUGGCAUGGCAAGACGGUUGAGUGGACCUUACACCAGCUGGAGGUCUGGGAUGCGGUUCUGCAUGCUCUGAAGACCGCCUUCAGCAGGUUGUUAGAUAGCAAGACACACAUGGGCUUACGUGAAGUAUGCCGCAAUUGCGGAGCAGCGGACGCCAACUUCGUGCUGCAGCUGCAAAGGCUUUGGCCAGAGGCUUCGCCGAGCCCAAAGUAAAUUCUGGUGACAAGAAGCCACCUCAAGCCCCGCCUAAGAGACAGAAGCAGGGAGCGCCAAUCCAGGAAGACCAACAGGAGAAGAGGGACGGUUGCAAGGACAAGAACGAGUUGCAUUGCGGUCCUGCUGCUGUUGUGCAGCUUGGCUUGCCUGAGACUCUAGAUAGUGAAAGUCCAGCCGCAGGAGAAAAUCAGGAGUCAGCUGGAAACCAAGAUCUGCUUGAAAGAUCUCAUAGCUCGCAAAGUUCUUCGAGAGAGUCGUCCUCUGAGGCAGGAAGGGAAGCCAGUGGAAGCGAAGAGAGGGAAGAAAUGGAAGAGGAGAGCGAGAAGAAGAGUGGGGACAAGGCUGCAGCAGGAGAGGAAGAAGGAAACACUGCGCCUCUACCAGAGAGGGUGCAAGUGGGUGGCUCUCCUGUCUACAAAAUUGACAGGAAGCUUGGUAAAGGUGGCUUUGGACAGGUCUAUGUUGGGCGGAGAAUAAGCGGAGGAACAGAGCGGAUAGGUCCUCAGGCAGUAGAGGUUGCUCUCAAAUUUGAGCACAGGUCGAGUAAGGGGUGCAAUUAUGGGCCACCCUAUGAGUGGCAGGUGUAUGAUACUCUUGGAGGGAGCCAUGGGGUUCCAAGGGUGCACUACAAAGGUCGGCAGGGAGAUUUCUACGUCAUGGUCAUGGACAUGCUUGGCCCAAGUCUCUGGGACUACUGGAACUCUGCAGGGCAAGCAAUGUCGACGGAGAUGGUUGCGUGCAUAGCCAUAGAAGCCCUUUCCAUCUUGGAGAAGCUCCAUUGCAGAGGGUACGUGCAUGGUGACGUGAAGCCUGAGAAUUUUCUCAUGGGCACGCCUGGCACAGUGGAUGAGAAGAAGCUGUUCCUGGUAGAUCUGGGGUUGGCAACCAGGUGGCAAGACGAGUACACGGGGGAGCAUGUCCAGUAUGAUCAGAGGCCCGAUGUGUUCAGGGGGACCGUGCGGUACGCCAGCGUGCACGCGCAUCUGGGGAGGACGGGGAGCCGGCGUGACGACCUCGAGUCGCUGGCCUACACUCUGGUAUUUCUGUUGCGGGGCAGGCUGCCGUGGCAGGGCUACCAGGGCGACAACAAGGGCUUCCUGGUCUGCAAGAAGAAGAUGGCCACCUCCCCCGAAAUGCUCUGCUGCUUCUGCCCCGCCCCCUUCAAGACCUUCCUCGAGUACGUGGUCAACAUGAAGUUCGAUGAAGAGCCCAACUAUGCUAAGAUGAUUGCCUUGUUCGACCACCUGUGCGGCGCCAACAUGGCGCUCCGGCCCAUCAACACGGACGGGGCCGCCCGCGUCAUCUCGCAAAAGGUCGGACAGAAGCGGGCCCGGCUGGCGGUGGAAGAGGAGGAGGACGACGACCAGCCCAAGAAGAAGAUCCGGCUAGGCAUGCCCGCCACCCAGUGGAUCACGUGUUACAACGCCAGGCGACCAAUGAAGCAAAGGUACCACUACAACGUUGCGGACUCACGGCUGGCGCAGCAUGUGGAGAAGGGCAACGAGGACGGCCUGAGCAUCAGCAGCGUGGCAUCGUGCCAGAACUUGUGGGCGCUCAUCAUGGACGCGGGGACCGGCUUCACGGCGCAGGUCUACGAGCUGGCGCACGUCUUCCUGCCAAAGGAGUGGAUCAUGGAGCAGUGGGAGAAGAACUACUACAUUAGCGCCAUUGCCGGGUCCAACAACGGGAGCUCGCUGGUCGUCAUGUCAAAAGGCACGUCGUACACCCAGCAGUCGUACAAGGUCAGCGACUCCUUCCCCUUCAAGUGGAUCAACAAGAAGUGGCGGGAAGGCUUUUACGUGACGUCCAUGGCCACUGCUGGCAGCAGAUGGGGCGUUGUCAUGUCCAGAAACGCGGGCUUCUCGGACCAGGUGGUUGAGCUGGACUUCCUGUACCCCAGCGAGGGAAUCCACCGGCGAUGGGACGGCGGGUACCGGAUCACCUCCACCGCCGCCACCUGGGACCAGGCCGCAUUUGUGCUCAGCAUACCGCGGCGGCGGCCAGCGGACGAGACGCAAGAGACGCUGCGGACGUCCGCCUUCCCUAGCACACAUGUAAAGGAAAAGUGGGCAAAGAACCUGUACAUUGCCGGCGUCGCCUACGGCCGUACUGUGUCAUGAUGUUGUGAGAGAGGUGCCGAUUCAUUCCUGUACUGUCGUCAGUUGUUGUUCAGAUGCGUAUAGUGGUCAGCAAAUGGAACUGACUUUUUAAACGGCAGUCAUCCGGCCGAGCAUCCAAGGCUUGGCAGAGGGUGCAGUAGGGUGCGGUAGGGUGCAGUGUGUCUGAGUGCAGGAGUCAUCGGACAUUGUGAAUCCAAAUACGCAACACUAAGAUGCAUCCCAAUGCAAAAAUUCGAUUCGACCUUGGUGUGCGCCUUUUUUGCGUUGCACAGGUUGCUGUCAAUCCGGC